CGAUAUAGCUAAUUAGACGAUUUCUGAAAUAGGUAAGAACAAUUAGGAAUGGUAGAUAGAAUCCUCGUUAUUUAUUGAUUACAUUCGUCGUGAGAUCACAAAGCCAAUCAAAACAUGCCAGAUCAUCAGUUUUGUAAGGAAACAAACACGUGGCUAGAAAUCAUUGGAUAGGUUACGCAGUUGCCUAACAAGUGAUUCUGCACAUGAUUAGAGAACCUGGAACGUUCUAGCUUCUUCGUUCGGUGCUCUGUAGCAAUCAACAAUCUUCUUCUCUGCUUCUGAAUCUAUCGGAUCUCGAAAUCUCACUCGAAACCGACGAAUAUGUCUUCUCCCGGCGAAUAUUAUAACUCACUUCCACCAAUAACCAAGGCUUAUGGUACUUUGUGCCUCCUGGCCACAACAGCCUCGCAACUCGGCCUAGUUACUCCUUUUCACAUUGCUUUGAUUCCAGGACUUGUGAUUAAGCAGUUCCAGGUCUGGAGGCUGAUAACAAACUUAUUUUUCCUUGGCGGUUUCUCUAUCAAUUUCGGGAUACGUCUUUUGAUGAUAGCAAGAUAUGGUGUUCAACUUGAGAAAGGGCCAUUUGAAAGGCGGACAGCAGACUUUUUGUGGAUGAUGAUCUUUGGGUCCCUGACUCUAUUGGUUUUAUCGGUGAUACCAUUUUUCUGGACGCCGUUCCUUGGAGUGUCGCUUGUGUUCAUGCUUCUGUAUCUCUGGAGCCGAGAGUUUCCAAAUGCCAACAUCAGCCUAUACGGUCUAGUCACUCUUAAGGCUUUCUACCUCCCGUGGGCAAUGCUAGCACUCGAUGUUAUCUUCGGCUCUCCGAUCAUGCCUGAUCUUCUUGGCAUCAUUGCUGGACAUCUCUACUACUUCCUAACAGUCCUCCACCCUCUCGCCACCGGGAAAAACUACUUGAAAACCCCGAAAUGGGUAAAUAAAGUGGUAGCGAGAUGGCGAAUCGGAGCUCCGGUAGCAGCGGUUAGACAAGCAGGUGGUGUAGGAGCAGGAGGAGGAGUAGGAGGAGGAGGAGCUUAUUCAAGCGCUCGUGCCCCACCUGAGAGCUCGAACACAGCAUUCAGAGGUCGAUCGUAUCGUCUCACCGACUGAAAUAUCAAAUCAAUCCUCUCGGGGUUUCUUCGUUUCUCAAUCGGUAUCAUCACAAGUGUUUUCGAUACAAUGCCACUAACAACUAGAAGGGUAGCUUUGUGUUUUUGAGCAAGUACAGUUUCCGAACAUAUGACUUUUGUAGGGGAAGAAAAAGUCUUUUGAUUGUUGUAUUCAAGUGCUUAGUGCCUUCUUAAAUCAUCUCCACGAGAAAAAUGGCAGUCACACAACUUUUUAACAAAAAAAAGAAACACAUGAGCCCAUUAUUCUAAAACACGUGAGCCCAUUUAUCUCUUAAGCUUUUCUUGUG